AUGAACCGCAUUCACCGCUUCGCGUGCGCCGUUGCUUCCCUUGUGGCACUUUUGGCCCUGUCAGCCUGCACCGGCGACGGUUACGGCACGGCGGCCAUCUACAGCCCGCUGGUCGAAGACGAGAUCCGCGUGAUCAUGCCGGCCAACGCGCCGUCGAUCUCCCAGCAGUUCCGCGUCGCAGGCAAUCGCGGCGGCCGCAGCAACCCGUCCUCCUUCCAUGAGGGGAUCGACAUCAUCGCCCGCGUCGGCACGCCCGUGAUCGCCGCCGCGCCGGGCCGCGUCACGGAUUCUUUCAUGGAGCCCAUGUACGGCAACCGGGUGGUGAUCGAUCACGGCGUCGACGCCACCGGACGCCGGACGCGCACCGUCUACAUGCAUCUCGACAGCCGCCGCGUGCAGCCUGGCAUGCAGGUCGCGCGCGGCCAGCAGAUCGGCACGAUGGGCCGCACGGGCAUCCUCGCCGCGGCGAUCUCGCACCUGCAUUUCGAAGUGCACCGCACGCGCGGCCGCAGAAUCGUGGCACCCCAGGACCCGCAUUUGUUCUGGGCCGAUGGCGUCGGACGCGUCACCUGCUUCGAUCCAGAGCGCCCCGUCGAUGACGGCGUGUUCCGCACCACCUACCCGGUGCCCUGCAGGGAGAGUGCAUCGCGCUGA